UAUAAUAAUUGCGGCGGGGAGCGAGGCGGCACUUUAUUUACCACACCUGUGAUGCGUUGUUCUGAGCAACGAAGACGCACGACCGGGAUGCUGAUGGCCACGGUACGGCAGGAGGAUAUGUGUUGAGGAAAGGACUUGGGCGUUGUGAACAAGGCGUUAAGUGCUACAGAGGACACUCUCCGGACCUUUUUUUAAAAAGCCCAGCGUGCCAGUGUUUUUGCUCCCUGUCUUUUUGAAACUUGGGUUGAUUAAAAGAAGAAGAAAAAAGCACGAAGAUGCCCUCACUUCUGGGCCCCUUUGUCCGCUGCGGGUUCAGCGCUACGCUCCUUGUGCUCGGGCUCGUCUUCGCUGGCUUCACCUGCACUGGGUCCGAGCACGCCACAGCAACACUUCCUGCCUCCUUCUCGGACCUGCUACCUCACUUCCUGGUGGAGCCGGAGGACGAGUUUAUCGUGAAGAACAAGCCGGUGACGCUGACCUGCCGCUCCACCCCGGCCACGCAGAUCUACUUCAAGUGCAACGGCGAGUGGGUUCAUCAGGACGACCACUUGAUCGAGCGGACCGUUGACCCGGCCACAGCACUGCCAAUCAUGCAGGUGCAGAUUGACAUUACCAGACAGCAGGUGGAGAAGAUCUUCGGUCUGGAUGAGUACUGGUGUCAGUGUGUCGCCUGGAGCACCACCGGAACCCAGAAGAGCCAAAAAGCAUACAUCAGGAUCGCUUACCUGAGAAAGAACUUUGAGGAGGAGCCGCAGGGUAAAGAGGUAGCAUUGGACCAGGAGGUGCUACUGCGCUGCCAUCCCCCUGAGGGAGUGCCACAAGCCGAGGUGGAGUGGCAGAGAAACGAGGAUGUGAUCAACCCAGCGAGUGACCCCAAUUUUUUCAUCACGGCUGACUACAAUCUUGUCAUCAAAAAAGCCCGGCUGGCGGACACGGGCAACUACACGUGUGUGGCAAAAAACAUCGUCGCUCGCCGCAAAAGCACCUGUGCCACGGUCCUAGUCUAUGUCAACGGCGGCUGGUCCACGUGGACCACCUGGUCGUCCUGCAGUGCUGUGUGUGGGCGUGGCUGGCAGAAGAGGAGUCGGAGCUGCACCAACCCCACGCCACUGAAUGGAGGCACAUCCUGUGAGGGGCAGAACGUCCAGAAAAGUGCCUGUGUGGCCACCUGUCCAGUGGACGGAGGCUGGAGCGAGUGGAGCAAGUGGUCGGCGUGUGGUGCAGACUGUUCGAUGUGGAGGAGCAGGGAGUGCACCCAGCCCUCACCUGGCCCUGGGGGCAAAGACUGCCAGGGACUUGACCUCCAGUCUCUCAACUGUACCAGCGAGCAGUGCCCACAGACCGUGAGCGGGGCCGAGGACGUGGCGCUCUACGUGGGCAUGGUGGCGGUGGCUCUGUGUCUGACACUGCUGCUCAUCGUGGUGGUCCUGGUCUACCGGCGCAAGAAGGAGGACUUGGACUCUGACGUGGCAGACUCCUCCAUCCUCACCACUGGCUUCCAGCCCAUGGGCAUCAAGCCCAGUAAGCCAGGUGUGUGGGCACCGCGGCCACGCAGGCCUCCCCCCCACAGCAAGAAUUCCCAUUUGCUCACCAUCCAGCCUGAUCUAACCACCACCACCACCAGUUACCAAGGCACCCUACGCGCUCGCCACGAUGGCACUGGGAAGUUUUCAAUGACCAACGGGCCCCUGCUGGACCCGCUUCCCAAUGGCUCACACACUCUGCACAACGGCAAGCUUAACUCAGACCCUGCUGACUUUGUGAGCAGACUGUCCACUCAGAGCUACUUUAAAACUCUGCCCCGCGAUGUAGCGAACACCUCCUAUGGGACCUUCAACUUCCUGGGAGGCAGGCUGACGAUCCCCAGCACAGGAAUCAGUCUGCUCAUUCCUCCCGAGGCCAUCCCCAGAGGAAAGAUCUAUGAGAUUUAUCUCACCGUUCAGAGGAAGGAAGAUUUAAGGUUACCCCUGGCCGGCUGCCAGACCCUGCUCAGCCCCGUUGUGAGUUGUGGCCCUCCAGGGGUAGUCCUGAGCCGGCCAGUUAUCCUCAGCAUGGACCACUGCUCUGACGCAUGCCUCGAUAACUGGGCCGUCCGCCUCAAGAAGCAGAACUAUGAGGGCACUUGGGAGGACGUCCUGCUGAUGGGGGAGGAGCUAGUGUCGGAGCCCUAUUACUGCCAGCUCGAGGCCGAGACGUGCCGGCUUUUCUCCGAGCAGCUGGGCACCCUCGCCCUGGUGGGAGAAUCCCUGCACAUGGGCGCUGCCAAGCGCCUGAGGCUGGUGCUCUUCUCCGACGCGUACUGCUCCACGCUGGAGUACAACAUCAGGGUCUACUGCAUGGAUGACACACAAGACAUUUUCAAGGAGGUGAUGCAGAUGGAGCGGCAGCUCGGGGGUCGGCUGAUCGACGAGCCUCACGUCCUGCUUUUCAAAGACAGCUACCACAACCUGCGCCUGUCCAUCCAUGACAUGCCCCAGGCGCACUGGAGGAGCAAGCUGCUGGCUGGCUACCAGGAGAUCCCUUUCUACCACAUCUGGAACGGUUCCCAGCGGUACCUGCACUGCACGUUCACUCUGGAGCGGCUCAGCCUCAGCACCUGCGAGCUCACCUGCCAGCUGUGCGUGUGGCAGGUGGAGGGAGAGGGACAGAGCUUCAGCCUUGACUUUAACAUUGCCAAGGACACCCGAGCCGUGGACUCUGAGUUUCUGUUAAUGGACAGUAACGCUACAGCUCUGGCAGGACCCAGCGCCUUUCAGAUCCCGUACCUCAUCAGGCAGAAGAUCUGCAGCAGCCUGGAUGCCCCCUGUCCCAACGGAGCCGACUGGAGAAUGCUAGCACAAAGACUUAAACUAGAGAGACACAUGAGUUUCUUUGCAUCCAAAGCGAGCCCAACCUCUGUGAUCCUGGACCUGUGGGAGGCACAACAUUUCCACACCGGCAACAUCAACCAGCUGGCCACGGUCAUGGCUGACAUUGGCAAACAAGAAGCCAUGAUUUUCCUGGUCUCUGAUGGCGAGUGCUAACCCAGAAAAGGGGGAGAGACUGGGGAAGAGGAAAAGUACAGAACACAACAGUAGACACACACACACACACACACAAAAACAACACACUUAUUACAGCAGCAGGAAUCGAAGAGCAAAGCUGUCCCCAUGUCCCUCUUCUUCACUUAAGAAGAUGUAAGGGUUUAUGUAGGAUUGAAUCCCUAUAUCCCACCGAACAGAGUAGAACUCUUUCAAAGACAGAACAAAAGAGAGUUUGGCUGUGUGGGGAGAUGUAUUCAUGAACGUGGUAAAGAAAAAUACCCUUCAUUUUCCAUCAGAGUCUGAAGUUAAAUUAGUCCACACCCCGGUUUUACUUUAAAGAUAACAUUCGAUUGACUUCAUGCCUUUUAUAUAAAUAGGCCGUUUAUGGCUAAUAAGGAGCAAUAUGCAAACCUAAUGAUAUCACUGGUGGCCAAUAUUGAAAAUUCAAUGAAUAAUUUUUGAACUUGGAUUAAAUAUUAAGAAUAUAUGGAUGUGACAAAAGGUGCCAGUCAUUUCAGGUUAGAGAGAACAGGCGACAUAUGCAAUUGGCCAGUUACGUUACAUGACAUCAUCCCAGACACUGAACACGUUCUCAUCAAGGUCAUCAGGGUCUGUGAACGCACCCUCCCAAAACCCAGUAAGACUAAAUAGGUCCAUGUGUUAUUUGUGUCAUUAUCCGUUCUCUCUUAAAACACACACAGACAGCUUGUAGCACAUCCUGGACUUGCAGGUUUUAAAUAGAUUGUAUGUCAGAGGCCCAAAAAAACCUGUCUCAUCCCGAUUGUGUUUUAGUCCAGCCGGUAUCACUACUGUGAAUGUAACAUCUCGACAUCUUGAUUCAGCGAGACGCUUCACGGCUUCCCCGCUUCUAAAUCAAUAUAUGUGGGGUUUGGGUUCUUUGAGGGAGUGAGUGAGUGAGUAAUAUCUUCACUAAAGUCAUAUCUCAAAACGCCAUUUCUAUUCAAAGCCCUAAUCGUUCAUUGUGUUGUUUUUCCUGUUUCAAACUCCGCCUCUAAUGACUUCCUGCUGCAUAUAUGUGAACGCUGAAUGUCGGCAAAAUUGAUUUAUGAAAUGACAUCCGCCCCUCCCCUGAUUGCAUUAAUUCUGUAGCAGAGAUGAUGUUAAACAUACAGUGUGGCCAAAAGGCUUAUUAUCCUAUAUGAAUAGUGCAGAUUGCUUCCCCCACAGAAAAUCUGACAAAAAAAUCUCAAAAUCUUCACCAGACUACUCACAAUGAAAGGGCAGUUGUAGUUGUGAGGCUUUGUUUUUAUCAUUCAUAAAGCAAUGUUGGUGGGAAUUCUAUAUUUGCUGUGUGGCGAACGGUAUUUACACAUCAAGAACAAGCAGCCGUCUCUCAGAGAGAGUGGAGAGUCGCUUCUGCAUAAUGUCACGCCUCUGCUCACAAAAGAUGCUUUGAAAGGUUUUUCUGUUCUUUGUCAUUUCCAGCCAGGAUGGCAAAAAAUUAUCCAGCAGAUUUAUGCAACGAAUCAUAAACUGCUAUGAAGCAUUCGAUUAUUAUAUUUUGCUAAUUUGCAUUAAAGGGAAAAUUCGCCACCUUUUUAUAUGGAUGUCCAAUAAGUGUUGAUGGUAAAUGUAGUCCUCUGAAGAAUAUAAAUUCCCCAGCUGUGCUAUAUUGACCGGCUGUGCCUACAUGAAACAGGAUGAAUGGCACGCGAGCGGCGAGUUCGCUAAGUCUGAUAAAUAAACUCACAAAAUGUCAAUGAAGGAAAUACUCUUACCCCAUAACAUAAAAAUACAACCAGACACCUUCUGAAUUCUCAACAAAUCUAUAAGUCCGUUAGUUUUUCCACUGUGUCAACGAUCAAUAACUCCGGUUUUCACCUUGCUGCCGCGCUGGUGGCCCUCACUCCUCCAUUAACCUGUUAAAUUAGCAAAUACAAUGACAAACAUGACCAGCAGGGCGAUUGUUGCUCUCCUGCGGUUGUAAAUUCUGCAGCAUGAUUCCGUUUCUGUCGGCAUCGGAGGGCGAGUUGAGCAAAGGCUCCAUCAGUCGUUUGGCCUCUGCAGCGCAGAUUUCGAGGGUCCCUGUCGGCCAUAUCCCCCCCACUGCGGCUGAAUAUCUCAGUCAGCAAAAACACGGUAAAAUGCACACGGUAAAAAAAAAAAAAAAAAAACUUGUCGACAACAUCCUCUGCGGAUUUUGGGACGCCAUUUUCGCAGUUUUUUUUUGAGCAGCAUUGUGCCCCACAGCUGCCAAAGCUGAAUCAGCGCUCCGUAGUUCUUUCUUGCCUCCAACGACGUCACAGCCACGUCACUGGAUGCAGGAAGAACAACAGAGACACAGUGGAUCUCACACUGUACCGCCAACUCGGACAGAUAAGAGAGGAGUUUGAAAAUCGGCAAAUUUUCCCUUUAAUUUAGUUAUAUUUAUUUUUUAACAAUGGCUUUGUCAGGUCUGGCCACAAAAAAUAAAUACACAGGUUAUCUUUCAAAUCCACUGUUUCAGUAAUUGUACUUUGAAAAGGUGUGAGCAAUCCUAGCCAUAGUUCUCUCUGCGUCUGCCUCAGGGUUGCAUGUGAAGAAGUCUGUUACAGUUGUAAAGAGAGCCCUUCUCAUUGAAUCCCUCCUUAUUCAAACAGCUAGCACCGCCCAUCCUACCAGCUCCUGUGGCUUCAACCUUUAACACUAACUGGAGCCUCGUUUAUGAUUGUCAGAUAUUUGGAAUGUACAUUUAUUUUUCCUGUAGUGGGGAAAAAUGUUGAAAAGCCCUUUUCUUUUUUGUGUCCUUUUUUUGAAGUCUUGGAAGUUCUUUGUUCUCGUGUGGCAUUUCAGCACCAGUUGGCUCUCUCUCAUCCUAUUGAACAGGCCUCCUCUUGAACCAACACGUUUUUACAAGCCCUGUACGAUUUGAUGCAGAGAUGCCAUGAGAUAAAAUACCUUUUUUAUUCACUUUAAACAUCCCUGGGAUCAAGCCCCUUUAGGACAAAAUGGCGAUAUCACCUUAAAUCAAUCUUUUCAUCUUGAAAUGGAUCAUCGUCACGUGUAAAUACUUUUUCUAUACCAGACGUGUGCCGUCACUUUGCAUACUGUAUAUGAGCAGAAUUGGUAACCAAAGUUCUAUGAAUAUCAUUUGAGGCUACUUCAUACUCGCAUUGUAUCCAUUGAAUAUCCUUUCAGCGUCGUUUUACUUGCGGGUAGAAUAGAAUAAGUCAGAGUUGCUGUCUCUUCUAAACUGCGGACUUAAAGGUCCAAAUCAUUUCUUUAUCUCAUUUCCUCACUUUUGUCUUUGAGGCAAGUUAACGCCGUUUGUUCAAGCAGUAAUACGUGUCGGUUUAUCACUUUGUAAAGAAAUGUAAAUUAUAUUUUAAUAUGAAGCCAAAAAAAGACACUUAACUGGCGCAGCAUUUGUCAAGUCUAACCCGUGACGUGUUUGCCUAUAUACUGUUCUUUGGCGAUCUAGCAGUGACGACGUUUUGCAGUGUUAAGGGUUUAGAGACUGUUUUACAGGAAGUUUCUAUACAUAUUUUGUUCGUCCUUACUCUGCAUAUGUCUACCUGAUUAUUUCUCUACGUGUAAGCAUCAUUUAAAUAUAAGGUGGAAAUAGUCACUAAUGCUUAGUGAGUCACUACACUGGGACUGUGUGGAGGCCAGGUGGGGAAAGAGGACCUCAGUUCUCGGACACCGACGAGCCUGUGCUGACGCAGCACGUUUAGAUGAGCCAUGGCAGUUGUACAGUCAGACUGUGUGUGUGUGUGUGACAUUUUAUCAGCCCCCCCCCCUCGUCAUCGUCUUGGAUGUUGUCGGAGCACUUUUCAGUAAUGUAAUUCACCAGCCGCCAUGAUGUUCAGCAUCUGUCUUCACAUAUAACUUGUCCAACAAAUCUGCGAUUACUGUGUCUGUGAUGAAUACAGUUCCUUCAUGAUGAAGUCUGGGCCUGAUAGUUGUGUAAGACUUGUGUCAGUAACACACACACACACACGCUUCGUUCAAGGGUUUAUAGGUUAUGGGGGAAAUUGUUUCAUCUCACAAACUGUACGUUUUGUGUCACUCAUUACUAUUCAGUGUCAAGGACGUGUGUACGUGUGUGUGCGCGAGUGAGACUGGGUGUGUGCAUACCUCCCUGUCACAAGAAUAGACUUCUGUACUUGUGAAUGGUUUUUGUAUUUAGUUCCUUGGUUCAAUGUUUCUUGCCUUUCUGCAAGUCAAAAAUGCUGUAUUUAUUACAUGCCACAGCGCUUAUGCAAUUGUAUAAUCCCUUUGUUUUAUUGUUGGUUUUUUUACCUUUUGUGUUCCUUAUCGUCAAUGUAAAUUGUUGUCAAAACUUUUGUGGCAAUGGAAAACUUCCGCUAACGAAGAUUUUCUGUACUUUUUGGACAAUGAUAUGGAUUUGUGGGUAGAAUUUUGGAAAUUCGUUUCUAAGUGCUUUCAAGUAUUUACUUGGCCUUAUGUAUAUAUAUCUAUCUAUGACAUUUCAGAAAGGUAUGUAUAGUAAUUCUAUCUGAAAUUGUUGUAAAUAAAUUAUAUAUUGUUAA